AUGAACAGAUCAAACCAAACACACGAAAAUAGGAGUAAAAAUGACUUAGGGACACCACCAAGGAAAUUCUUCACUGUGACAGAGGUGAGAAGGUAUAAAUACAACCCUUACAUGAUGAAACAUGCUGGAAAUGAUCCUCCAAACAGAUGGAGCACAUUCAAGAAAAUCCUCAAAUCCAUGGGAUCCCUCUGUAAAAAGUACUGUAUACCCGACGAUCCUGCCAUGAGAAUCCACUCCCCUUCCAAACCCACCUCUAACCCCCACCUCACAACCCUCUCCCUCCAACCCUCUCGCCCUAAACUCCAAAACGUCGACAUCCAAACCCUCAAAACCCAACUAAACACCCCCUUCCCCACCCACCCUCCCUCCAGCCUCAAACCCUCCAAACCCACCACCCCUGCUCCCCUCCCCGCUCACCCAUCCCAAUCCUCCCCAACCACAAAACCACCACUUCUUCGUAAACGCAGAUACCACCAAAUAGAACAACUGAGCUACGCUGAGCUACAACUUAAGAGAGAUUUACAGCAGCCAGUCGUGCCUAGAGGGCAGUGGGCGGCCAAGAGGAGGAAGAGAGAGGAGAGGAAGGAGGGGGAGAAGAGGGAGGAGAGGGGAGAAGAGGGGGAUGAGGAGAGUUUGGGGGAGGAGAGAAGGAAGAAGGGGAAAGAGAAGUUUAGGAAGGAGCUGGAGAGGGUGGUUAGGGGGAGUAUAGGGAGUGAUGUGUAUGGAGAGAGUGUGAAGAGGAUUGUAGGGGAGGUUAUAAGGGAAGAGAGGGCGCAGAGUAAGAAGGAAACUAUUGAGUUGUUGAGAGAGCAAGGGAUUUUGCCUCCGGUAUGUAGAGGGAGAUUAAGUGUGAAAGAUAUUGGGGAUAAUCCGUUUUUGGAAGAUGAGGGCUUUGUGUUGAGUGAUGUUUCAGGAAAGAGUACUCCACAGAAAAAUGCUUCUCCUAGUAAAAUUAGCAGAAAGAAUAGUAAAAGCAGAAAGAACUCUUUUAAAGUGGCAAGAACAUCUUCGAGUAAAGAAAGGAAAUUUUCAAAUACAUCUAAAAGGACAGAAAAUAGAGAGAUACUCCAAAGACAAAUAAUCAUGCCUACUCACCCGAAAGGAGUUUCGCUUAUCAACAUAAAUAAGAUUAUAAAGAACUCGAAGUUGAACAAUAGAGAAGAAGAGAAAGAGCCUCCUAAGAAAAAGAGAAAUGAUCUAGAAAAUAUUGACAAAGCUCAAAAUUCAUCAAUCCUAUCCUUAAAGUCUACCAAGAGAGAAAUAAGCAGCAACCCUCUACUGACAAAAGAAAGCAAAUCCAAUGGAAAUCAUAAAAGAAUUCAGCAGGAGUCUAACACAAAAUCUCAGUAUGAAACAACUGAAAAUGGUAAAAAUCUUCAGAGAAAAUCAUUAACAGAUAAGAAAAUAUCAAAUGAUAAGAAUCACAAAAAGAAGAAAAAGAGCAGAUCCCGUUCAAAGAAUUCUCUCAUUCGUGGACAUUUGAAAAACAGUACUCGAAAAGAAAUCCAAAGAACCAUAAAGAAGAAAGGAGGAAAGAAACCUAUUCCAGAAACUACAGAGGAAGAUGAUUCAAAAGAUGAAUGCCAAGAAGUUAAUCUUAAAACUCAAGAGAAGAUGUUACCAAAGCCAAUUGUUACUAAGUCGAUUAUUACUGAACUUGUUAAUCCUGAACCAGUAAAUCCUGAACUGAUUAAUCCUAAGCCUGCUAAUCCUGAACCUGUAAAUUCGGACCCUGUGAAUUCUGAGCCUGUAAAUCCUGAGCCGGUAAACCCUGAGCCGGUAAACCCUGGGCCGGUAAACCCUGAGCCUGUAAAUCUUGAGCCUGUAAAUUCUGAGUCAGCAAAUCCAGAACAGGCUCCUCUUCAAGAGGCUUCUCUAGUAUCAAUUGCACCUUCUAAAUCAAAUAUUACUGAGGAGAAACAAGAGAUUAAUUCACAAGAGAAGAAGAAUCCUUUUGUUGCUUCAGCAACCACAACCUCUUUAGCAGCUAGUUCUUCAACUCCAGCUCCUUCUCUUUUAUUUAAAAAGACUAGUGAACCAAAACCUGCAGAGCAGAAUCAAGGAGUAAAACCUCGUUCUUCAGGUUCCUUGUUUGGUAAUGGUACAGGGUCGGUAUUUCCUAACAGCGAAAAGAAAUUGGCUCAAAAGUCAAACCCUUUCUUGUCAAACUCGAAUGUAAGAGAAGCCCCGGUAAACUUCUUUUCAGGCUCAAACUCAAAGCCCGAACCUCCUCACCAAAAGUUCUUCGGAAUGGAUCCAGCCGAACCACUUAUACAGACGUCCAUAGAACAGCAGGUGUUUAUUCCUCCUCCUGGAUCAAUCCACGCCAGCAAAAAGUCAACUUCUAACACUCCCAUGUCUGAUGAUGUGGGUAUGGGAGAAUCGACGCCUCCAACACAGAGUCCCACAAGACCACAGCAGAAUAAUACAUCCCUGUUUUCCUUCAAUGUACAACAGAAGCCCUCCCCAGGCCGGCUUUUUGGUCCCCAAGGGAGCAAUAGAUGUAUUAACUCGCAAUCCUCUUUAUUUGGGAAUAUGAGCACCCAAAAUCAGAGCAGUGGAAACCCUCUUUUCUCCAUGGGCCAAGCUAAACCUUCAAAUGCUAUAUUUGGAGUUCAAUCAUCAUCUAAUACAAAUAUGGGACAGACUAUGAGCCAAAAUGUUUCCAGCUGGAAUCGAUCUCCAUUUGCUAAUCCGCCCCCUCCAAAGAAGAAUAUGAAAAAGGACGAUGGCUUAUUUAGUGACAGAAGGAGAUAACCUAAACCUUAACUUUCAAUUUUACGCUUAAUUUAA